CGCGCGCGCCGCCGCAGCAACACGUCGUCCGCGUUCGAUCUUCACGAAAAUGGAAUCGAUCGCACGACCUAAAGUAAACCAAAUGGAACUCGCAAACUAGACUGGAGCAUUCCGCAACUGAAAGUCCGCUAAAUAAUGUGUCAACAGAACAAAUAGAGACAAUAAACGUAACAGAGUGCACGCGCGAUUUCAGUUUAAGUUUUCAGUUAGAGCCUUCCUGUAAAUGAAACAUGCUGACACAUCUGUUUGUUCGCAUGAAAGUGACUGUAUUGUGACAUUUUGAAAUCGAUAGUACUGUUAAUUGAGGCGCGGAGUGUGCUCGCCGCUCGGCCAGUGCAAGUCGGAUAUUGACUUUGAAAAAAUUGCCGAAAUACUCAGUGUUGUGUUUGUGGGAUUUUCAACGGGAGCUGUGAUUUAUUUUGUUUUCGCCGAAAUUAUACAAAGAAGUAAAGGUACGCGUUAGCUAUAUCACAUACUUACGUCUCCAUAAAAAGAUGAACCAAAAGUGCAAAGUGUGCGGGGAGCCGGCGGCGGGCUUUCACUUCGGCGCGUUCACAUGCGAAGGUUGUAAGUCAUUCUUCGGGCGGUCGUACAACAACCUCAACUCCAUAACCGAGUGCAAGAACAACGGCGAAUGCGUCAUCAACAAGAAGAACCGGACGGCGUGCAAAGCGUGCCGACUGCGCAAAUGCCUUAUGGUCGGCAUGUCCAAGUCAGGCUCUCGGUACGGCCGGCGGUCCAACUGGUUCAAGAUCCACUGUCUGCUCCAGGAACAGCAGCAAGCGGCGCAGUCGAGGUCGCCGCCCAGAGUGCCACCAUCGCCACAUCAUCUCGCGCCACCUUUUCCACCGCAUCUCUUCCCGGGCCUGGCGAGACCGAGGACGAAAGAGGAACUAGCGUUACUCGGCCUCGACGACUACAAAGCGCCCUGCUCCGGCUCACCUGACUCUCACCGCAGCGGCUCCUCGCCCAAACUUGACGAAAAGUCGCGGCUCACACAAUCCCGGCCGCCGGAUAGACCGCUAACGCCUCCGAGAGACGCAUACGUUCCGCUCCCCUUAGCCAAUAUUUCCUUGCCCCACUUCCCCCAUUCGCCAUUCUUACCCCCUCCGCCUUUCAGUCCGUUCGCCGCGAACCAUCCCCUUCUAUUCCCGCCUGGCUUCCACCCGAUAUACUCUAGACAUUUGCUCGACCACGCUGCGCUGCGGCAGGCAGCUGAGAACAACAACGACGUGAGAAUCGACGACCACAACGCUGACUCAUCGAAGCGUUUCUUCUUAGACGAGAUUCUAAAACAUCAGCGAUCGACUCAGCCCACGCCACAGGAGGAUGUUAUAUCGGAAGCUGAAUUUGUUCCUACACCACCAGCGGAAAGGAGAACUUCGGAAUCGCCUCUCCAGGAGAACCCCAUGGAUCUCUCUGUCAAGUCUGACGGCAGGUCCAGUUCGGCACGACGGAGAUCCGACGACAGUGAAAUAAUAGCCCCUGAUAACGAGGACGGGGACUCUGUGAGCGCGGGCGGCUCAGUCAGUGAUGAGGAAGAUAUGGCAUACACGCAAAUCAAAAGAAUCAAACUGCACCCUUUAGAUUUGACGACCAAAGUGUGACGUCUCCUUUAUAGACAUUAAUAAAUAUCGUUACGAUGAACUUUAUAUUAUAUUGUUAUUAAGAAAGGCCAGUAAAUCGGAUUGUGAUUUUAAAAAUAAGUAUAAAAAUGACUUUUUGGGCGAAGUUUGUUUGUUAUCGAUUGAUUAAAGAGUCUAUCCCAAAUACUUAAGUUAAGUAGCGUUUAAUGUGUUGACGAUAGUUAGGCCCGGUUGAAGGUUCGUGUACAAAUCUGUUGUAAAUAUUAAAUUAUUUCGUAACGUAUAAGCGAUAGGUUAAUUGUUGGGUUACUGUGGAGUACAGCCGGGUGUCGCAACCAACUUUUGCUUCAGAAAUGGAUAAAUAUAUUUUUGUAUAAUUUGGAAUAUAAUUUAUAUGAUUUAGUAGAAUUUUUUCAUUGUUUUUGAUAUAACGUGACAUGACGUUUGUGAAUUUUGAAAUGUGUUUACGUUCGGGUGCAUUGUGAAACUAUCACUAUAAUGUAAGUUAAUACUAAAACUGCACCUGACUU